GAAAUUCAGCUACCUCGCGGCGAAAGCGCUGAAGCAGGUGCCGCCGCUGAGGAGCCUGAAGAUCGCGAGAUCAGGCUGAGGUCGCUUCGAACGAGGCGUGCAGAGCUGGAAUCCAAGCUGCAGGCAGGCGCGCUGCGUGCAGAGAACGAGGUCUUGGAAGAUCGCGUGAUGCGGGCUCAGGAGGAUUUCUUGGGCUUGCAAGCGGAGUUCAAGGCCAUGAAGGAGCAGCACAACGAAUGCCUGGAUUCGCUUCGGCUGGCUUUGGAGGAGCAGCAGAAGGAUGCCGAGCAGGCGGACCGGCGGGUGGUCUGUGCCGAGGAUCUGGUGCGUUUUCACCAGGAGCAGAGGAGGAUGAUGGCGAGCCACUGGAAGCAGCAGUGCCAGAUGAAGGACGAACGGAUCCGAUACCUGAAUCUUCAGCUGACAGAGUACACGAUUGACUGGCAGCAGCUGGGUGUCCAAAGACAAACAGAGGCAAGCCUGUCCCACGAGCACUACUGCCUGGAGGACCGUCAUCGACACCUCCUGCAGACCCAGCGGAACCUGACAGCAGAAACCUCGAGGCUGGAGUCGUGCCUCCAGCAGGCGAAUGCUGAGGAAGCUCGCCUGACGGAGGCGCUGCGCCUCGCCGAGGUCAACCUCGGUGAAGGAUGCCCGCAAAGUCCUGGUUCUGAGGAGACUGCCGCCGAUGUGGCAGAGCCACGGGUGCAACGGUGGAAGGUGCUGAGAGAGCACUCCACCAUCGUCCAGCCCUCUGAGAUCUCCAAUGCAGAUGAGGCUUUCUACGAGAAUCAGCUGAUGGACGCCCUGAAGAAGGAGGGUAUGGAGACUUGCAAUUUGAUUCUGGGCAUCGACUUCACCCGGUCCAACCUGACCCAGGGCAAGGAGACCUUCCACAACCUCAGCUUGCAUGCUCUGCGAUCACCACAUGGCCCCAAUCCAUACCAGCGCAGCAUCGACAUCGUGAUGAAGACGCUCGCACCGAUGUUCGACGAAGACGGCCUUGUUCCUGCCUUUAUCUUCGGAGAUGUGUCCACCAAAGACCGUGCUGUCCGACCUCUUGCAACAGGCCAUGACAGCAUACCCGUCGAUGAGAUCCUGCCAGCCUACAACAAGGCAAUCGAGGAGCUUGGAGCGAGUGGCUAUGGCCUUUCCGGGCCCACCUCCUUUGCUCCUUUGAUUUACAAGGCUAUCGAGGUGGUAAGCCAAAAUGGCAACGAGCAGCACAUCCUCUUGAUCCUCGCCGAUGGCGCAGUCACUGACGAUGCCUGCUGUGAAGCGACCCGGCAAGCCCUGGUACUGGCCAGCGACUAUCCGCUCUCCAUCGUCAUGAUCGGCGUGGGUGAUGGCCCCUGGGACGUCAUGAAGGAGUUCGACGAUGCCCUCCCCAGCAGGCAGUUCGACAAUUUCCAGUUCGUUCCUUUUGCGAAGUUCCAGGCUCUACUGGAGAGUGGCCGCCCUCGGCAGUGUCGUUUAGCCGAGGCUGCGUUCGCGCUGUGUGCCCUCCAGGAAGUGCCAGCGCAGCGCGCCGCCAUGAGACAGUUGGGUCUUUUCCAGGCACAUGAGCCGCCUGCGAAGCGUCCCCGGCUGUCCCGGUGA